AUGCCCAGCGGAUUGUCCUCACUGGCCGGUGUCGGGCUCGUUUGGCUCUGCUGCGAGUGCGUGUCACAAUUUGCAUCGAUUUGCCCUUUGCCUCUGGCUCACCAGCUCGCCUCGGCAAGCCGCUUAGCUAAGGCCCUCAGGAUCCCGAGACUUCCCCUGAACUCCGUGCAUUCCAUGAGGUACCGCUUCCGCGAGCGCGGGCACAUCAACGUUCAGGAGUUGCGU